GAAAUAUCAAGCUUGUGAGACUUCAAUGUUAUGGUGCCAAAAGAUUGUUCUGUAGCUGCAUAAUAUGGCACUCAAUAAGAUGGCAAAGACUGUUGGAAGAGCAAACAUCAAUGGAGACUUGAAAGCAUUUCUAGACCAGAACCAAACCCUUGCCAGAAGCAAUAUUUCAGUGGUUGCAGUCCCAAUUUCUUCUAAUUUGUACCCCUCAGAAAAGAUUACUUUAGCACCAAUAAACGUGAAUGUUGGACCCCAGAUGAUUAUAAGCACACCUCAGCGAGUACAGAACUCGGGCAACAUUCUCAUUGGGAGUCCAUACACUCCCAAUUCAGCAAUGGUUACCCAGAGUCACAUAACAGAAGCAUCAGGGUGGGUUCCUGGGGUCAGAAAGCGAACUCAUGAAUUUAUAGAAUCUGAUUUUUCAGACAGUAAAAGAAUGAAAAAGGUGGGCGAAAAGAAUGGGAAAGGACUGAGACAUUUUUCAAUGAAGGUGUGUGAAAAGGUGCAGAAAAAAGGAACCACCACAUACAAUGAAGUGGCAGACGAACUUGUCGCUGAGUUCACCAACUCAAGCAGCCUCCUGGCUGCUGAUUCUCAGGUUUAUGAUCAGAAGAACAUUAGGCGCAGAGUUUAUGAUGCUUUGAAUGUACUCAUGGCUAUGAACAUUAUCUCAAAGGAGAAAAAAGAAAUAAAAUGGAUUGGGCUUCCUACAAAUUCUGCUCAGGAAUGUCAGAAUUUAGAGUUGGAAAAACAGAAAAGGAUGGAGAGAAUUAAACAGAAGCGGUCCCAGCUACAAGAACUGAUAUUACAGCAAAUAGCUUUUAAGAACUUGGUGCAACGAAACCAGCGGUCUGAGGAGCAGAACCAGAGUCCUCCGCCACAAAACUCUGUGAUCCAGCUGCCUUUUAUCCUUCUCAACACCAGCGUGCGCACUGUCAUUGAUUGCAGCAUCUCUAGUGACAAAUGUGAAUACCUCUUUAAUUUUGACAACACAUUUGAGAUUCAUGAUGAUAUCGAGGUGCUUAAACGGAUGGGAAUGUCCUUUGGCUUGGAGUCUGGAAAAUGUUCCUCAGAGAACCUAAAAAUUGCUAAAUCCUUGGUGCCAAAGUCUUUGGAAAGCUAUGUCACAGAGAGGUAUUUUAUUUCAGUCGGCAUGACUGCUGGACCAUCCUGGUUAAAUCAAGACCAGUUUACUGGUAAUUCAGAACCGACACUGACAGCCUUGGUCACCGGAAGCACAUCCUCCACAGCUCUUAUAAGCUCAAACCCAGAACUUUGUGCCGACACUGAAGUAGCCUUAACAACCAGACAAUUCCUGACCCACAGCAGCCGUCAGUCCAGUAGCACAACGACGUCCCAUUACUCAGAGUCACGAGGAGAGACACCAUGCUCCUUCAACGAUGACGACGAGGAUGAAGAUGAAGACUCUUCGUCUCCAGAAUAAGUAGAGAAGGUGACCGCGAAGAAGAAAUAAAGCUGCUUUUCUGGUUUAUUUUUAAGCCGUUUGUCACCAUUCCUUUUGUCUUCUUUUGAAAGCUGUGUUCACAGUAUAGCUGAAAGACUGCGGUUUGAUAGUAAAAGUAUUAAAGUGCAGUAUUUAGAAGGUAAGGACAUUAUCGGGGCAAGGAAAAACAAACUGCUCCUGUAGUUAAAGGACAGGGGUGGGUAGGCAAAAGGGGACAAACCUAAAUAUAUCUUUUAAAGGCUUAAAUCUGGUAUUCGCAUGUCGUAUACUUCUCAUAAUUCCCCAUACAUUCAAAAUGAGACAGAUUGUGCAGUCUUCUGUUUAGUUUGUAGUUGUAUAAAUAUUUUUUUAAGAAACACUUGCCUGACUAUCUUUUGACCUCUUAAUUCUGACCUAGAAUCUUUUUAUGUUUUAUUUUUGUACUGAUUUAAAUGCUGCUUUAGUGUUUUGAUUAUUGUGUCCUUCCUUAAAUGUUAUAUAUUAUCUAAAAAAAAAAAAAAAAAAAAACUUAACCAAGAAGCUAAGUAAAACCAAUAUAGAAUGAGGGGGGAAAUCACUCAAGAUCAAGAAUCCCAAACCAGAGGCUUCAAACUUCCUUUUAAAAAGAAAGUCAACCAUUUGAAGAAAAAAAAAAGGAUUUUAUUAAUAUUAUAAUGAAUAUAAUAUUUACAGUAUUUCUUUUGUUAUGAGUUGUGAAGUCUUAUAUUUUAUUUGUGUGUGUCAGAUUAAUGUUUGAGCUAACUAGUCUGUAGUGUGUGAAAAUAACCGUAUAGUUAUGCAGCUAUGAGUGAAACGACUUAAAAUACAAAGGUGAAGCUUAAUCUGGAGGGGGUUUUGAAGUGCUGAUCCAGCUUGUGUUGGGUUCUCUCCUCCCUUCUCCCUCUUGUUCUUUUAUGCUGACUCCAGACCUUCCUGUACCCCAUUGCCUUUUCUUUUAACUAUUGAGCUGGCAACCAACACCCCCCCACCCCGCUUUGGUAUUUGGUAUUUCCUGGUGGCUGCUGUAAAAUACAUCUUAUACUACCCCCCCUUUUUUCUUUUCUUUUUCUUUUGUUCCCUGUUAACUGUUUAAGAUCAGUGCACUUUUCUCAGAAGCAAUGCACAGAUUGUUUGUUUUUCAGAAUUCAAGUAUGUCUCUGUACCUGCUGCAACAAAUGUAAACGUAUAAUAUCAUGUUUUUUCCUUCUAAAAUGUGAUGUUGUUUUUGUAUUUAGCACAUUUAUACGCAGUAAUAUGUAGACCUCUUUAUAUAUAUAUAUAUAUAUAUAUAUAUAUAUAUAUAUAUAUAUAUUUAUAUAUAUAUAUACACAUAUAGAACAAUAAUAAGUUCUCUCCAGUAAUAUGGCACAGAAGUUUAUUUUUUGAAACCUUUUUGGAUUGUUAUAUAUUUAAUGUAUUUUGUUUCCCGUGAAAUGUUAUUAGGUAUUCAAAACAAUGUGUCAUGUCAUAUUUAAGGCAGUGAUCCCAUGGGAAUCCAUUCAGUGGUAGUUGUGUGACAAUGCAUUAUGGGACUUUGAAGUAAGCUAAGUAGCUAGUUUCUACCGAUAUUGUUGCCAACCAAUGGACUGCUUCUUGCUAAUAGAGCUGGGGUGCCCAAUUCUGGUCCUGGAUAUUCCCAUCCAGGUUUAAUAUAUACAGUUAAACAAGUACAUACUUUAGGGCUUGGAUGGAGUUUUAAUUGGUCCAGUUUACAUGAUAAAAAAUGAUGAUUGGAACAGAGAGCUGCACAGGAAGGUUUCCCACCCCUGAUGGGUAAAAGAGGGGUUAAUUCCAAAAAAGACAAAUACAGCAAAUUAUUUUAAUAUACUAUGCAGAAUGGUGGCACUAGUAGGAAAAACAAUCUUCAUUGUCUUAAUUUGUAAAUAGUGGCCAGUUUUUUUUUUUCUCUCACUAUUUUUAUACCAUGUUAAUAAAAACUGAACUGCAUUUAAUUCA